UUUGUUACGCUGAGCAGUAGGCUUGCCGUAUUGACAGCUCUGCCUGUCAAUCAUUCCAUCGCUCGCAGCUUCCCGCCAAUGUGAAGUUCCAUGAGCGCUCGUGCUGACUGUCGUUUAAAUGUCAACCAUUCUGUCGUCCGUUCCUAACCGCCUGCCGCUAUGACGUCACAUGAGUGCUUUCCGCGCUACCUGUCAAUCAUUCCUUCAAGGCGAGCGUAAGAUGCGUGUGAAACCGUUACUGUCCGCCUGCGAUGCUAAACACCGACGCAGCGUCAGUUGAGGAUAAUAACACCCUGUGUGCUUGAACGGGUUAGUAAACAAUCGAGAAGUAUGGAUAAACGCGACAAGAAAGCGAAAAAGGACUCUACGAAACGCACAGGGAAGCUGUUCCGGAGGAAAUCGUUUAAACCUGUGGAAAGUUUGCUGAGGAAGAUCUUGAAAAGUUUCGGGAGCUUGGCUAGCGACGGAGAAACAACCGAGCGCUCGGACGCUGAGGAGGAUGACGGUGGGUUUGGAGAAAGCGCACCUUGCGCUGGAAACUCGGAACAUGUGAAACAAGAGGAUAGCAGCCAGGUGAAGAAAAGUUCCUCGCUUCCCUGCCGUUCCUCCGCGAAAGAGCGACUGUUCUCGCUGUACGGGGAUAAAACGCCAGGCGUGCUGGGUCUGAAGAACCACGGGAACACCUGCUUCAUGAACGCCGUCGUGCAGUGCUUGAGCAACACGGACCUGCUCGCUGAAUACCUGUGUCUGGAGCGAUAUAAACUGGACCUGUGUCACAGGGCAAUGAACGGAUUCAUAAAGAACGAGAACGAUCCGCAGGAGAAAGGAGAGGUCACGGAACGGCUCGCGUCUUUGGUCCGAGCGCUCUGGACUUUUCAAUACACUCCUCAACUCUCGGCUGAGUUUAAGAUGAUGGUAUCUAAAUAUGGUGCACAGUUCCGGGGGAAUUCCCAGCAUGACGCUCUUGAAUUCCUGCUCUGGCUUCUGGACUGCCUCCAUGAGGACGUCAACUCAUCUUCAGCCCUCCCCAAUGGGAAUAACAGAAGCAAAUCAAGUGGCAAGGAUGAUGCAAUCCCAAGGAAAAAGGGUCACGAUCGUGUGUUGGAACCGCAGGCGGGUCAAGAAGGAGGUGAUGGAAAGCUCGUCUCUGAUACCCGGACCCCACCACAGACACAGCCUGGUGUACAUCACAGCUUUGUACAAGAGCACUUCCAGGCACAAUAUAAGUCAUCUCUGACAUGCCCACAUUGUCUUAAGCAGAGCAACACGUUUGAUCCUUUUCUGUGCAUUUCCCUCCCCAUACCUCUAAGACAGACGAAACCAGUGUGUGUGACUUUGGUGUUUAGCAGUAAAGGACAGCGGUAUCUGAGAGUUGGGCUCGCUGUGCCUCUCUUUGGCUCUUUGGCAUGUCUGCGCCGGAUGGUGGCAGACGAGGGCAAGAUCUCUCCUGAUCAGGUAAUACUGACAGAGAUCUACACAACAGGAUUCCAGCGCUCGUUCUUUGAUGAAGAUGACUUGACCAGCAUUGCAGAGAGUGACAUCAUCUAUGCCUUCCAAGCUCCACCCCUUUACAUUAGGGGUGGAUCUGCACGAAUCUCAGGGUUCCAUCAUAGUCUUCCGUCCUCUCCAUACACCUCGUUUGGGCCAGAAGGUCACAGACUGGCAGCGUCCGGAGCGCUGUCCUCAGAGUUCCUGAACCAGGCCGAUGGGAUGGUGAAGAUCUUGCUGUUGGUGUGUAAUGCAGCCGGAGCAGGACAGCAGGCAGUGAGGUUCGGUCCUCCAUUUCUGAUGAGAGAGGACAGGUCAGUGUCGUGGGACCAGCUACAGCAGAGCAUCCUCAGUAAACUCUACUAUCUAAUGAUCAACGGAUCUCAGGCACAUAAUAUCAGGGUGUUGUUCAAGAUUCGUGUUGUUGGGGGAUCUGCAGCUUAUAGCUACUUAAAUCCCCAAGACGGACGGCCGCUUUAUCACCCUGCAGUGGACAGAGCUCUGAAGCUGUGUGGCUCAGGUGGGCCGCCGCAUGUGAAGAUCAUUGUUGAGUGGGAGCACAGAAUCAAAGACUGCCUGUUUGGUAACAUCCAAGAGGAGGUGGUGAAGGACUCGGAAAGUGUUCGUGCUCAACAACAACACCACGUUCAACAGCACAGCUGCACCCUGGAUGAGUGCUUUGAGCUCUACACUAAAGAAGAACAACUGGCCCCUGACGAUGCAUGGAAGUGUCCUCACUGUAAGCAGUUGCAGCAGGGCAUGGUGCAGAUGAGCUUGUGGACCCUCCCAGACAUCCUCAUCCUUCACCUCAAACGCUUCCGGCAGGUGGGAGAGCACCGAAACAAGCUCUCCACGCUGGUACAAUUCCCCCUCACUGGCCUCGACAUGGGCCGCCACAUGGUCAAGAGGAGCAACUGUGCCCGACCAACGCCCGGCUGGAAACACCAGACCCAUCACCGGCCUGAAGCCAGCAGACAGACGCUGAACUUCCUGUACGACCUGUACGCUGUGUGUAACCAUCAUGGAGGCAUGCAUGGAGGACAUUACACAGCGUACUGCAGGAACUCGGUGGACGGUCAGUGGUAUGCCUACGAUGACAGCAGUGUUGAGCCGGUGCCUGAGGGGGAAGUGUGCACACGUGGAGCUUAUAUCCUCUUCUAUCAGAGACGAGAUGCCAUCCCAUCCUGGUCUGCUAGCUGCUCUCUACAAGGUUCCUCCAGCUCCUCUACAUCAGACCACUGGCUCAUGCAACUGAACACAGACAAACAAAUUUCAAAUUCAAGAAGCAAGCUGCCCAACUCAUCUCCAGCUCCUGAGCCCCAGACACCACACAUUCCUAUCAUCCAUGAGCCUCAAACUCAAGAUAGAGAUGAAGUUGAGCUGACACCAUUUGUACGAAGCAUCCGGGGCCACAGUAUGAGUAUGCGCUACCACUCCAAAUCCAAGACGGGCCCAGGCAAAGUUCUUCCACUGCGUUGGUCAUUUGCUUCUAAGGACCGCAGAAAGCCCUCCAGCAUCGCUCCACAAAUCGGAAAUGAUGAGCUGGUGGAGUACCUUGAGUCUGGCCGGCGGCCUCGAUGUACCAAGGAGCCCAUAGUAAGUAUCGUGGCUAGUCCUUCACAGGUCAAAGCCCAGCUUUGCAAGGACAAUUCUUUGAGUUCCCCUAGCUGUGGCAGCAGUGUGGAGCAAAGUAGUUAUCAAGGUCUGGAUUCACCCAGACUGCCCGAAGGCCAGAGCAGACCAACAGCGAACCUUAACGGCAUCACGUCCAAUGGCUCAAUGGCCAAAAACAGUUCAAAAAGCAGACAGGAGCAAGAAAGAACUCAGGCCAAUAAGUCGCUUCAAAGUUCCCCUACUGUGCUUUCCAAUGGAACUAGCAACAGUGCAUCUCAUGAAAGAGACUCCACUUUAAAACAGCUACGAAACAAGGUGGCUACGACAAGCAGGACUCAUCCCAGUCAGACUCAGAUGGCCACAGGGGAAAGCAGGAGCAAAGAUGGCACCGCCAGACUGCAGGAUAAGGAGGUGGGUCAUGUGAAAACGCUUUCCAGCAAGAGCUUCGCCAAACUGUCUCUAUCUAAUGGGGCUCUAAAUGGAAAGGGUACUGAGGUGAGGAAGACUGGCACCGCUCACAAGUGCACCAGUAAAGUGAUUAACGGCAGAGAAAACCAGAUUUGUUUGAGCACAGCUGAUAUAAAACGCGCCCACAGCUCAUCCAGUAUUCAGAGCAGGCUAGAUAUGACUUUGAAAAGGACACUGUCUCUCCAAAGAAACGGUCCCUUGGUGCCGGCCCCCCAUAAAGGACCAGCGGUAGAUAAAUCCUCCUAUGCAACACUACAGAGAAUCAGAUACAGCAGCACUUCACUUGGCAGACAGAGACCUGUGCCCGAGUCCUGCUUCUGAUGGGUUUCACCUUCACUGUGGGAAAUAGUGUUUGUAAAUAUGUUUUAUGUACGACAGCAUUUAAAUUGAGGUCCAAUAAUACAUUGCAUCAAAUUCAGUGAACAAAUCCAAGACAGGCGUAAGAGUCUUCAUUUUCUCCCCACAUAAGAGCCAUUGAGGACCAAAUGGAUUAGUUUUGUUUUUAUGGUAAAGCACCACUGAAUACACAUAAAAAGGAAGAAAGGGGUGAGCUGUAGCCCAUUAUCAUUUAGAGACAUGUACCGAAGCGGCUCGCUGUGAACAGAGCUGUUUUUGACAAGGUAAGGAAUUCAUUAAGGAAUUUUAACCAAAGUAUGUUGCAGAUGUUUCAUGAACACCCUAAAGAAUCAUACCAACCUGUGGAAAAUGGGUUUUCUAAUAUCCCCUUUAACUAGCCUAUAUGCACCUUUGACCCUGUAGACUUUUAGAAAAUAACUUAAUUAGUCCAUUUACUGUGUCUCACCAGACUGUCAUUUCAAGCUAAUUAUAUGUUAAAUAAAUCUACAGAAUGUACUCGGUUACGAACGUAACCUCGGUUCCUUGAGAUACUGAAUGAGUACUGCAUAUGGGAGGAAAAGCUCCUUUUUUCCUCAAUACUAUAGCCUUUUUUCAAUAACGCAGUGCAACUGCACUGCCAUUGGUUUAAUCUGUAAACUUUUUUAAACCAAUGACAGCACUGCAUAGCUGCGCGAACCUGUGGCGAUGCAGUGCACCAAAGCCCGCCAAAAUGAGCAGGGCGAAUGGCUAUAUAAGCAGGCAAAUCGCCAGAGGAAAUCAGGUCAUACGACUGAAGCAACGACACUGAAGCUGCAGCCUCGUGGCAUGGCAUAUAACGCAGUACUCAUUCCAUAUCUCAGGGUACCGAGGUUACGUUCAUAACCGAGUACGUUCCCUUACUCUACUUCACUCAUACUGCAUAUGGGGAACGAAUUAAACUGUGCCGUGCCACAGUAGGAAAUGACAAGACUUAUCUUGGAUACCUUGGGGUCAAGGGGACAAGUGAGAGGGCCGGAGCCGUCGAAACCUUUACACUACACUGCUAACAGGGAGCUAGCUCCCUGGAGGUAGCAUGAUGACGGAGUCUGAUAGAGGCUGUUGUCUUCAUACCAAAAGGACCCGAGCAUGCAAGGUCGGGAUGUCCAGGUUAUAGAAACUGACAAAAGUGGACGGCGAGGACCAGUCGGCCGCCUCACAGAUGUCCUUGAUAGAGACACCACUAGACCAGGCCCAAGAAGAGGUCAUCCCUCUAGUGGAGUGGGCUCUUAUUCCUAUGGGGCACUCAAGGCCCAUAGAGGAUUAACACAGAGUGAUAGCAUCGUCUAUCCAAUGCGAGAGGUGCUGCUUUGAGACCGAAGACCUCUUGGUGAAGCCGGAACGGCCGAGAGGGAAAUGACCUGUGCUCUGAAUGGGGUCGAGAGCACUUUAGGGACAUAGCCAUGCCUGGGUUUUUAAAUGACCUUCGAGUCAUUGGGCCCAAACUCAAGGCAUGCAGGGCUCACCAAGAGGGCCUGCAGAUCGCCAACAUGCUUGACCGAUGCUAGAGCAAGUAGCAGUGUAGUUUUGAGUAUUAGGGGUCGAAGAUCAGCUGACCUCAGCGGAUCAAAGGGAGGUUGUAGACGGGGCUCUCGCCUGAGCAGUGGUGUGUAGCACAUCCCCGGGAAGGCUCCCAUCGAGGGACCAUAGGUGUGCAGAGCCCAGAGUUCCGGCUGUGGAAGCCAGAUUGUCCUGUUGGCCUGAGAGAGAAGGUCCCGCCUCAGGGGGAUCAGCCAUGGGGCUUCUAUGGAAAACCUGAAUAGCUCCGAGGACCAAACUUGGCUCCUCCAGAGUGUGGCCACUGGGAGGACUCUGUGCUUGUCUUCCCUGACUCAUCUGAUGACCUGAGGGAUCAUAGUGGUCGUCCUCUGAUCCGCCAAAAGAGAUGAGGUCACUCGCUUCAGCCGAGGGACGCUGCUCUGGGCAUGAGAAGAGGACGGGGGACGGCUCUCUCAUAAGAGAGGGUGAGGCACGCGGGUGCUGGGCCGGUGUGAGCUCAAACAAAUACAUGCGCUGAGCCCCUCUACCCCGCUGUCUUUUCCUGGCCGGUUUGCGGGAGGAAGAAGAGAGGCGAGACUCAUGCUUUCACAAAAGCAGCAAGAAGUCUCAGUGAGUGUCGUCUUAGCAUGGGGUUUUCCCAGGCAAAAGACACACUCACCGUGGCCGUCAUCUUCAUGCAGAGGAGCUCUGCAUGUGCCACAGCUGUGCGUGGCAUUUACUCAGAUGCCGCCGCUGUGAAAACGAAGUAGAAUUGCUCUUUUAGAGCGGUGAAAACCGCUGGAAAUUGCUCUUUUAGAAUCGCCGGAUAGUGGCAGGAGAUCCGCUGAGAAGUGGCCAGAAGUGGGAAGCGGGCAGCUCGGGAACGGUGCUAGAGAGCGGCUGUUUGCAAGAGCGCUGGCGCUGCAGGCAAUCAGGCGAUCUCAGCUGGUCCGCUGCUGUGCCUCUUCGACAGUGAGAGUUCGUUCCAGACGUUCAGUAAGGAUCCAGCGAAGUGAAGUCGUCACUGAAGGAGUAAGAUCUGAUUUUCUCUAACGAUUGCCUGGUUAUAUAGCCAUUUGCACCACCCAUUUUGGCGGGCUUUGGCCCGAUUGCAUCGCCACAGGCUCGUGCAGCUACGCAGCACUGUCAUUGGUUCAAAAAAGUUACAGUACAGUUUAAAAGUACAGAUUAAACCAAUGGCAGUGCAGUUGCACUGCGUUAUUGAAAAAAGGCUUCAGUAUUGAGGUAAAAAAGGAGCUUUUCCCCCCAUACGCAGUAUGAGUGAAGUAUCGAAAGGGAACGCACAAACAUUUAUUCAUCUCACUCCCACAAUAUCCCAAACUGCCCUAAAUGUUUCACAUCAACGUGCACCUUCUUCACUGCUAGAUUCACUGUUUGUUUUUUGACGGGAAACUUUGCGAGUACAAUCAGAUUUAAUAGAGCAUGUCCAUCCCAUUAUGAGUUUUAACAGGACAUUCGAGUAUCAGAUGGAAAUUGAGCAUAUAACUGCAAAAAAGAUCAAGAUGUUGAUGCCGAAAUGUAGUAAUGUAGCAAUAUAGUCAACAUAUAUUCAAAUAAAUAAAUAUAGAAAUAUUCAAUAAAGUGAAGGUAAAAAUCUCUCUGAUUAACUACCAUUGUAUGAUGCAUCACUUGAGAAACUAACCAACUAGUAACGACUGUUUCCUGAAACUAUACUAUUCUGACAACUCAGGUGAUAAAACUCUCACAUGGUCCAAUUCGUAACUCUCAGAACAUUCCGAGCAAGUUGUCAUCACGAGUUCUGGAGCAUGUGAAGGGUUUGGUGUUGAUAGUAUUGCCAUAGAAAGACAUAAUUCAGCUCCGAGUGGAAUGUCACUUGUUGUCAUCUCAGAAUUACAGUAAUUACAAGAUGGGGUGAACGCAGCUUAAGACUUGUACCACGUGACCACUGUACUGCCGCAGAUUCAUUCAGGCCCCGAUCAGGCACACCACACUGCCUGACUAUUUUUAAUUUAUGAGUGCACUGCAU